AUCUUUUUGAAAAAAGAUAAAAAUAAAAAUAAAGAAAAACUCUCUUUGUUCUAUUCAUUUUUAUUCAGAAGGAACAAGUGUUUGUUGGUGGUAAAUUCCUAUCCACACGACUUACCGGAACCAUGUCAGGUGUGGUUGCAGGUUCCUCCUCUUCAUGCUCUGCCACCUUCACCACCAGGAACAACCACCGCAUAAAAAACUCUCAUCUCACACAUUCCAAGUCACUUACUCCUCCUCAAUGCCAGAAAACAUCUUUACAAGGCCUUUCACUUCAUGAUGCCAAAAGGGGUGUCUCAAAUUUCUUCCUAAGUGAGAACAAGAAUGGUUCCUCCAUUGCUAGAAGGAGACUUGAGAUCUCAGCAAGAACUGCUGGGGCUUCAAAGACAAUUGAGGUUGAUGUUGACAAGCCACUUGGCCUCACCUUAGGCCAAAAGUCUGGUGGAGGUGUUGUUAUCACCGCUGUUGAAGGUGGUGGAAAUGCAGCAAAAGCAGGGUUAAAGGCAGGGGACCAAGUCCUUUAUACUAGCAGUUUCUUUGGGGAUGAAUUGUGGCCUGCAGAUAAGCUUGGAUUUACAAAAACCGCAAUCCAAGCAAAGCCAGACUCUGUCUACUUUGUUGUCAGCAGAGGUGCUGCGGUAGAUGUCAAAAGGCUCCCAAAGCGUCCUGCUCCCCCUCGCUUUGGAAGAAAACUGACUGAGGCUCAAAAGGCUAGAGCUACUCACAUUUGCCUUGAUUGUGGAUACAUAUACACCUUACAGAAACCUUUUGAUGAGCAGCCGGACGCAUAUGGCUGCCCACAAUGUCAAGCACCUAAGAAGAGGUUUGCUCGAUAUGAUGCUAAUACUGGAAAAGCUAUUGGUGGGGGCUUGCCUCCUAUUGGAGUUAUUAUUGGACUUGUGGCUGGUAUUGGUGGAGUUGGAGCUUUGCUUGUUUAUGGUCUUCAGUGACAUUUUAUCCCACCAUUUUCUCUCCUCCAAAGCUGUUUCAAUCUCUGAGCUUGUAUCUCAUAAACUCCUCUAAUGUUCAUGUGAAAGUUGAAGCUUUCUGUAUGAGAUUAAGCAUGUUCUGCAAAAUGAAUUUCAAAACUAUUGUUUUUUUUUUUUGUUUUUUUUGUGGGGGGUUUCAAAUAUUAGCAAUUUGCAGAGCUACAUGUGAUGACAUGAUAGCAUUGU